GCGGCCGGUAGGGGAAGGCUGAGGCAGGUGAGGGAAAGUGAUGUCCGGAGAAGGAAAAAUAGCAGCUGUCAGGUUACUGACAACAAGACAACAGAAUGGAGUCCAAGUUCUACAGUCAGCCUGCUCGGUGGUCCAAGUCAGCAGUCUAUACACUCCUGUUAGGAGGUGCCUUUGUUACUCUGGGAUCAAGUCGCAUCCUUCUGAUGAAAUACUCUGCCAAUGAAGAUAACAGGUAUGAUUAUCUUCCGGCAACUGUGAAUGUGUGCUCAGAGUUAGUGAAGCUGGUGCUGUGUCUGAUAAUGGCACUCUGGAUAACUAGAAAAGGAGGUUAUUCUCAUAGUGGAUUUGGCUGCAACUCAUGGAGGCAAUUCUGUAGCUACAUUAAAUGGUCGAUACCAGCCUUUCUUUAUUUUUUGGAUAAUCUGAUUGUCUUUUAUGUGCUGUCCUACCUCCAGCCAGCCAUGGCUGUGCUGUUCUCAAAUUUUGUCAUCAUAACAACUGCCCUCCUGUUCAGGAUAGUCCUGAAACGACAGCUCUCCUGGGUGCAGUGGGCCUCUCUGAUGAUUUUGUUCCUGUCUAUCAUAGCCCUUACUGCAGGGACUGGAAGCAACCAGCAUAGCUUGGCUGUACAUGGAUUUCACCAUGACAGUUUUUUCAGCCCAUCUAACCACUGCCUGCAGUACACCAGGCCAGAGGAUGAGUGCUGGGGAAGAGAAAAUUGCACAACAAACUGGCACUUCCCCACUUUCACAUGGAACAUAACUACCACUGCUACAGGAGUCUUGAAACCAUUUCAGCUUGGUCUAGGACAUCUGCUCAUAUUACUACAGUGCUUUAUAUCCGCUCUAGCCAACAUCUACAAUGAAAAAAUUCUGAAAGAGGGCGGCCAGUUCAGCGAAAACAUCUUUGUACAGAACACUAAGUUGUAUCUCUUUGGAGCGAUAUUUAAUGGCCUGAUACUGGGCCUACGCACUGAACAUCGAGGCCAGAUAGAGUACUGUGGGUUCUUCUAUGGCCACAACACAUUUUCUGUGGCCCUUAUUUUUGUCACUGCUUUCCUGGGGCUCUCAGUGGCUUUCAUCUUGAAAUUCCGAGACAACAUGUUUCAUGUUCUGACUGCACAAGUUACAACUGUGAUCAUCACCACUGUGUCUGUUUUUGUUUUUGACUUCAAGCCUUCUAUGGAGUUCUUCUUGGAGGCUCCUGUAGUACUUUUGUCCAUAUUUAUCUAUCAUUCCAGCAGCCCUCGAUGCACGGAAUAUACUGCACAAUGGGAGAGGAGCAAACUUGGAGGAGGUACAUGGGAACGCUCCAGUGGGGAUGGAGAAGAACUCGAGAGGCUCACCAAACCAGACAGUGAUCAUGAUUCAGAAGAAGAGGCCUUAUGAUGUUGGGAUUCUUGAGUUUUAAACACUUCUUAUCAGAAGAAAGGAGUUUUGAAGUGUUGAGGUGAAAACUUUUCAUGCAAAAAGGAGGGAAGUUUUUAUUUUUUCACUUUUAUUUUAACUUCUUUUGAUCAAGACAUUGAAGGAAAUACAUUUCACCAUGUGUUCCUUCUGCAGCAUAAAGUGGUUGCUGUGGCAUGGAUGCUAGUGGGUUAGAAUUGGAAGCAUCACUUUGAACCAUACGUAUUAAGACUCCUGAUUCUUUCAUAUCAGUAAACAAGGGGACAACUCCAUGCAAGCUGAUCAAAGUACCUCAGUUCAAAGCUGUUAUGAGAUUCAGGACCGAUAAAACAUUCCAGGCUAUUACAGCAUUCCAGAAGAACAAAUUCAUAUGGCGUCAAACUAUAUUUGAGAUUAUCGUAUAUUGCAUUUACUCAUGUCAAGAGUACUUUCUCCCAUCAAGUACUGUGUGGCAAAUUUGUCUACGCUGCUGUAUAUAUAUGUUGCAAGGAGUCGUGGCCACUCAUGGCUCCUUGGUAUGUAUAACAUCUGAGAUGCAUGCUGUGUGUUAGAUGCACAAUUAUAUUUUGAGGUGUAAAUGUAAAAUAUUUUAUAAGAGUACCUUUGAAAUGUAAUGUGUUAAGCAGCCCUCAAUGGUGGAUAUAGUUGCAAAUUGCAAUACAUCAGUAAAGGUUCAGUCCAAGCUUAGUCCAAUGUGUUGCUGAGACUAUAAAAAUGCUUUAAAUGUGCUAAGUUUUACAUAUCCUUGAAUAUAAGAGUUUUGAUUUGAAUUUCUAAUAUUUCCUGUGCAAAUUCAAAAUGAUUUUUCCCUAUCUUAACAAAUCAAAAGAGCAUCUUAGCUGAGGGAUUCAUAAUAUUUCCCAAGUAUAUAUUUGUUGUGCUGUGGUGGUAUAAACUAAAAGAACAGCCUCCAAUAUAAAGAAGUGUGUAGUGAAUAGACAAUAAGAUAACAUCAGGCUGAGCAAUGGAACUUGUGCAUUUUAGUUCCACUGUUAUUCUAAUUGCAUUAUUUCUGUUUUUGUUAAAAAAAAAAGUAAGAUUGUAUACUUCCCCUAUCUCUAAACACAAAACUCCAAACAUUCCCUGUGUUCAGAGAUUCACCUUCAAGACCAGCUGUGCAGGGUGGCAGAAAGCAUUUAAUGUUCCACAAAUAUUUUAUAAAUCUUCUCACUUAAAUACUGUUGUGUCAGAAGGUAGCUUAAACAAUGUACUGAUGCAACGACAAACUCAUCCAUGAGGACUCGCUACUAUUUUGGGGCAUGUGACUAAUGAUGUGUUGACCAGGAAUAUUUAUCUGGGUGCUGCAUGCAGAGGUGGUGCACAUAUGGCCCAGGCUCUACUGGGAACCUCACUGUGGAUACUGUCUGCAUCUAGGUAAAUAGGGGGGGGGAUACUAGAUGUGAUGUUUGAACCCCGACCCAACUCUCAUUCCCCUCAGUCAGAUGGCAGCUGCUAGUAACUAAUUUCCUAUCUAUCACAAGGCCCAAACAGGAUCAGGGUUGGGGAGAGGUUUCUGUCUUCCUCCCUUGCCAUUUUCCCAGUUUAAGUGGUUGUGAGGGCUUUAUUUGCCCCUUGGGUUUCUGCACAUAUAGUCCACAUAGUGUUCUUUCUCUAUGUGUGUGUACUGCGGUUGUACAGGAAGAAAAUGGAACAAGAAGACACUACAAGUGGUAAAUUAAAAUGGAGCAACAAUGGAAUAACAAUAAAUGGAAAUAACGAUGGCUGAUUCUGCACACGUUGGAUAUUGCACUUCCAAUCCUCUUUAGAGAUCAUUUGGAACUGAAUUUUUCGAGUGUGAAACAAAAAAUCCACUUCCAAAUGAUAGCUAAAGUGCAUUGAAAGUGCAUUAUCCAACGUGUGCGGAAUCAGUCAAUGAUGCAGAUACCCCCCACCCUCAAUUAUAAUAAUUUAUCUAACCCUUACUAUGAAUAUGAUUAGAGAAUCUAAAUGGGUUGAAUCCUCAGAUCUUCCACUGUCACAAGUGGCAAGGAGGAGGAACCCUUUUUCAGCUAUGCCAGAGAUUGUGGAACUUGUGUGGGCACGAAACCAAGAGACAUGGACUACUACCCCUGCCCCCAUCCUUGAAGUAGUGGAAUAUCUGGUAGCAUCCAAGCAGUGCUUCUAAUUUAACAAUGUGUCCAGUUAGUAUCCAGACUGAAAUCCAGAGGAGUUAGCCGUGUUAGUCUGUGGUAGCAAAAUCGAAAAGAGUCCAGUAGCACCUUUAAGAAUAACCAACUUUACUGUAGCAUAAGGUUUCGAGAAUCAUAGUUCUCUUCAUCAGAUGCAUGGAGGGUAAGAAGAAACUGGUCAGAUAUAUAGGUGGAGAAUGGAGGAGGAGUAGAUGCAAAAUGGCAACAUCCACUAAAUGGCAAAAUGUUGUUGCCAAAAUGGCAACAUCCAGAAACCAGUGGGAGAACACUUCAAUCUACCAGGACAUUCCAUCAAGGACUUAAAGGUCACUGUAGUUCAACAGAAACCUUUCAAAAACAGAAUUCAAGGGGAAGCUGCUGAAUUGGAAUUCAUAUGUAAAUUUGAUUCAGUCAGGCUUGGAUUGAAGAGAGACAAUGAAUGGUUAUCUCAUUAUCAGAAGUAACUGAUUUCAUUAUCAGAAGCCAACCGAUCCCAUUAUCAGAAGCUACUGAUUGCAUCUACUCCCCCCCCUCCCCUCUCCACCUAUACUGUAUAUCUGACCAGUUUCUUCUUACCCUCCAUGCAUC